AGAGACGGAAACAGAGAGAGAGAGAGAGAGAGCAAGUGAAUGGGAGAGAGAGUGUGUGAGUGAGAGCACAAGAGAAAGGUGGAACCCCUAUGCUCUGGUCAGUGUAAGAUCUUACCAGACUGAACAUUUAGUCAAUUCAGAUCAUUUCUAAGAUAACGCAUAUGGUUCUAGUUUGACCUUGGGGUCAGGGAGUAGAGAUCACAGAGAAGAAACUUCCUUGUCGGGAGAGUUGGUUUACAGGUGUGUUUGGAAUGAAGAUGUCAAUGGUGAAACAGGCAGCAAUGGCUGCGGUGGUGGUAGUGAUGGGAAGCAUGGCCGUCAUCGCUCUAAUCCUCACAUUAGUUCAGCACCACUCAGUGGAUCUCCCCCAUCGCAUGCAGUACGGGAUGGUGUUUGACGCUGGAUCCACACACACUUCUCUCUACAUGUACCGUUGGCCUGGAAACAAAGAAAACAACACUGGGGUGGUGUCACAGAUGCUGGUCUGUGAUGUUGAUGGAUAUGGCAUCUCUAGCUAUGCCCGGGACCCCCCUGCUGCAGGGCUGAGUCUAAGGAAGUGCCUGGACAGUACACUGGCAGUCAUCCCUGCCAACCAGCUGAGGGAAACUCCUGUGUACCUUGGUGCUACCGCUGGCAUGCGACUCUUGCAGCUACAGAAUCAGACCCAGUCGGAUCAGGUUUUGGAGCAAGUAACCAAGGUGAUCCAGGGGUAUCCUUUUGACUUUCGGGGGGCACGGAUUCUCUCUGGGAUGGAGGAAGGGGCUUACGGAUGGAUCACCACCAACUAUCUACAAGAGGGCUUCAUUAAGCACGGCUUUGAGGGAGGAUGGGUGCGUCCUAAAGGAAGGAAGAUCUGGGGCGCCCUGGAUAUGGGAGGCUCUUCCACCCAGAUAGCCUUUACUCCCAGCCAGCCUGUACGGGACCCUGCCUCCACCCUGGGACCCAAGCUCUAUGGUUACCAAUAUGAGGUGUACACACACAGCUACCUGUGCUAUGGCAAGGAGCAGACCAUGAGGCAGCUACAGGUUCAUCUUCUCAAGAUGAGUGGGUCUACCCGCCCAGUCAACCACCCCUGCUACCACCUGGGUGACAACCUAACCCUGACUCUGGGUGACCUCUAUGACUCCCCCUGCGUAACCAGACCCAUGACCUUUGACCCAGCCUCAGUGGUCACCUUCACAGGGACCAGUGAGCCACUUCAGUGUCUCAACCAGAUAAAGAACAUCACGAACCUGGCUGCCUGCUCCCUGGCCCCUGACUGUGGCUUCAACGGGGUCUACCAGCCCCCUGUCAGUGGAAACUUCUUUGCUUUCUCAGCAUACUAUUACACCUUUGACUUCCUUGGUCUGGCACCUCAGUCCUCUCUGUCUCAGGCUACCACCACUAUAGACACUUUCUGCAAAAGGACCUGGAGCUCGCUCAAGAAAGAGUACACUGUAAAAGACAAGUACCUUCGUGAUUACUGUGCCUCAGCCAACUACAUAAUGACAGUACUACUAGACGGCUACAAGUUCAACCAGACCUGGGGAAACAUAUACUUCCAGAGACAGGUGGCAGACACAGACAUUGGCUGGACGCUGGGCUACAUGUUGAACCUGACCAACCUGAUCCCCUCAGAGCUCCCCCUGGUGGUGACGGGUGUGCAGCACAGCCAGUGGGCAGCGGAGGUCUUCUUCAUUGUGUUUGCCGUGUUCCUCAGCCUGAUGGUACUGGUCCUACUGUGGCUCUGGAGCCCACAGGACGGACGAGGCAACAAAUGACAAUCGAUGAAUGUCUCAGUCUUCUAGUCACCGAUGAUGAGAUGCAAUGUGAUGUAACAGCAGCGAUCAAUAAGAUCAGAACGGAUCGGAAGAGUGUGGCAGCUCCUGGAACUCCCAGUAAUAGUUAAAUAGUCAUAUUUUCUGUCAAUAUGACUAAUUAUGGAGGUUGUUGAAUGCAUUAUGAAUUUAUUAGGCAUUUAUAAGCUGCAUAGCUUGAUAUUUUUCAUGCAAAUAGAAACCUUACAACUAUAAUAUAUAACUACCUAAUAUAAAUGAAUAGUGUUGGUAUGAACGUAUACCUCAAUGAUUUUAUAUCUUUCCCCCAUAAGCAGUAAUUGAAGGAAGUACCAAAGGGAGGAUAAUUUCAAGUGUCACAUCACUAUUACUACAUGAUUUGUUAAAUGCAUUUGAUAUAUUACACUUAGAAAUAAAAAUACAAUCAUAAGGGCGUAUGAGGCACAAAUGUGUGCGUGCGACUGUGCUGCAGAUUGGUACAUCUCUCAAUCUUCAGCAGCAGACGGAUUUCUUCGGGGGUUCUUUCUGCAACACCAAGCUUCCCUCUUCUUGUCGAGUCUCCUCUCCCAACUGCUUUAGCGUCCUUGAAGCAACACACCAAAUCAAUAUGCUCGACUAUUCACAGAGAGUCACUUUCCACAAGCAGAAGAGGACAACACGCAAAACAGACAACAGCCAAAUCCACACUACGCAUACCAACAACAGCUUCCACAUUAAACACCAGUCUGCAUGUCUUACCUUGCCAGCGUUUCCAUAGACAGAGUCACAUUGUCACCUGUGGCAGCACUACACUCCAUGAAGAGCAUGCCGUAACCCUGUAAGAGUGACAUCAAUAUUAGUAUUGUACUUAUGAAUUAUUUAAAUCCUGUGUUGGUACACACCUCAAUUUCAGCACCAGCUACAAAACUUUAAAGUACCCAUUUAGAACACAUCCCUUACCACAUGUUAAUCCUACAGCCCAGUUGCCCAAAUUCUGGCUGUUCAAGUUACAGUAACAUACCGUUGCCAGGUUUUCCCCUUCACGAGCUUGAACCUCUCGUUCUAGAUCAGCACAAUCGGCCUUGUUCCCAAGAAGUAUAACGAUGACGUCAUCUGGGGCCCCUUCCUACAAAAUCCAAAAGUUAAAUGACAGCACAAUG